AACUUUUAGCAAGAAAUCGACUUGCCUCUAGCAACUUCCCCUGAAAAUUUGUUGGGAACACUGAUUUGAACCGUCAAGGCAGAAGAUCUACCGUGACGGAAAUGGAUACAACAGCUCUGGUCUAUAAGAUCCUCUGUGCCCAUAAUGGGUAUUUUGAGCUGGAAGAAAUGCGUGCCAACUUUAGCACGCCAGAAGAUGACCUGGAGAGUGUUUUAGGGAAUCAGGAUAUGUUUACCAGUGCUGUCUUUGAGGGAAACGAACUGAUAUUUGCCAAGACGAAGAUGAGGUUAUGCAGAGACAAGGAAUGUAAUGGCUGCAGCAAUUUACAUCUGUGUAUAUUCUACCUUUAUGGAACGUGUCGAUUCAAUGAGGGACAACGAUGCCGCUUCUGUCAUGAGCUGACGUCAGAAUACAACAUCAGAGUCCUGAGAGAGCAUCACCUGGAGAAAUUGGACAAGAGGGAGCUGUGUAUGUUACUGCUGCAGAAUGACAACACUCUCUUACCCCCAGUUUGCUUCACAUACAACAAAGGUAGUGGAGAGUACGGAUACUGUCCUGACAAGGAGAGCUGCAGAAGACUCCACGUCUGUGAGCGCUACAUCAGAGGAACCUGUGCUGCAGACGUGAACUGUGGCAGGUCUCACGACUUCAACGAGCCCCACCCGCUCAACACCCUGCAGCAGAGGGGAGUACCUAAUGAACUGGUGGCAUCCAUGUUGUACACCUACCGCAACAUCCAGGCCAUUCAGUAUGAGGAAGGCUCUAGACCUGUAUGUCAUCCUCCUCCACCACCCCCUCCCCCACAAACAUAUUUCCCGGCCCCCAAUGUUGUCCAAAGAGAGACCCACUACAUCCAUUUGCAGCCAAUCAUAGUACACUCACAAGUGACCCCUUCAAUGCUCUGCAACUUCAAGUUAAAAUCACGUCCCUUUGUCCAGACCAAACCCAAGAGCCAUACUAAGCCAUCCUCAUCAGCUUCACACCAAUCAAAACCCUCUAAACCACCUACACCAGCUCCACACCAAUCAAAAUCCUCUAAAGCGCCUCCAACUCCACAGCAAUCAAAAUCCACUAAACCACCUUCGCCAGCUCCACACCAAUCAAAAUCCUCUAAAGCGCCUCCACCAACUCCACAGCAAUCAAAAUCCUCUAAAGCGCCUCCAACUCCACAGCAAUCAAAAUCCUCUAAAGCGCCUCCACCAACUCCACAGCAAUCAAAAUCCUCUAAAGCGCCUCCACCAACUCCACAGCAAUCAAAAUCCUCUAAAGCGCCUCCACCAACUCCACAGCAAUCAAAAUCCUCUAAAGCGCCUCCACCAACUCCACAGCAAUCAAAAUCCUCUAAAGCGCCUCCACCAACUCCACAGCAAUCAAAAUCCUCUAAAGCGCCUCCACCAACUCCACAGCAAUCAAAAUCCUCUAAACCGCAUCCACCAGCUACACACCAAUCAAAAUCCUCUCAACCAGCUCCACAUCAACCAAAAACAACCAAAGCUCCUCCAUCAGCCAGGCGAAGAUGAAUUUUUGCAGAAAUCAUACAGUACCAGUCAAAAGUUUGGGGACACCUACUAAUUUCAGGGUUUUUCUUUAUUUUUUACUGAUUCCUACAUUGUAGAAUAAUAGUGAAGACAUCAA